GUUUUUCUCAGUCUAUCAUGGAACAGUACAAAUACGAUUCUGUGAUCGUGGACAUUGCUCGCUAUGUCACAAAGAACCAGGAUUUCAGUUCAGAGGCAGUGGAAACCGCCCGCCUGGCCCUUCUGGACACCAUAGGAUGUGGACUACUGGCCCUGAACUUCAGAGAUUGCACCAAACUCUUGGGCCCAAUAGUACCUGGUACAACGGUUCCCAAUGGCGUACAUGUCCUAGGGACUCAAUUCGUGCUUGACCCUGUCCAGGGGGCAUUUAAUAUAUCGUGCAUGAAUAGAUGGCUAGAUUACAAUGAUACGUUUUUGUCCAAAGAAUGGGGCCAUCCGAGCGAUAAUAUUGGCGCAAUUCUAGCCGUUGCUGAACACGUAUCCAACCUCCGUAUGGCUGAAGGAAAACCUCCAGUGUUCAUGCGCGACGUGAUAAAGAUGCUCAUCAGGGCGUAUGAGAUUCAAGGCGUAUUUUCGCAAGGCAACUCUUUUAAUUCGGUGGGUUUGGACCAUGUUCUCCUUGUCAAGGUUGCGUCAGCUGCGACCUCUGCAGCUCUCCUCGGAGGAGAUAUGGAGACAAUACUUGCUUCGGUUUCACAGGCAUGGGUAGACGGACAGAGUCUGCGAACUUACCGUCAUUGGCCUAAUACCGGUUCUCGCAAGUCUUGGGCCGCCGGAGACGCCGCGGCGCGCGGCGUUUAUCUCUCCCUUCUUUCGAUGCGUGGUGAAAAGGGAUACCCCUCCGUUCUGACCACCCCAACUUGGGGAUUCUACGAUGUAUCGUUUAAAGGCAAGCGAUUUGUGCUUCCUAUUCCCUUUGGUGAGUAUACCAUAAAAAAUAUUUUAUUCAAGGUUUCCUAUCCGGCUGAAUUCCAUGCCCAAACUGCGAUUGAGGCAUCUAUUAAGCUUCACCCUGCUGUGUCCAAUAGAAUCCAAGACAUUAAGCGCGUACUCAUCAAGACUCAUCUUAGCGCCCUUCGCAUCAUCGAUAAGAAAGGAGUGCUGAACAAUGAAGCAGACCGCGACCAUUGCAUGCAGUAUAUGGUCGCUAUAGCUCUUAUUUUCGGGGAGCUAAAGGCCGAGCACUAUCAAAAUGACGUUGCAUCUGACCCGCGUAUCGACGCGCUUCGAGAAAAGAUAGUGUUGCAAGAAGUUGAGGAAUACUCUAGAAGCUAUCUCGAUCCGAAUGAGCGAAGCAUUGCCAACUGCAUACAAGUGGAAUUCAACGACGGUACUCAGACCGAUGCAGUGGAGGUCAUGUAUCCGUUGGGACACCGCAGGCGUCGAAAAGAGGCUAUUCCUUUUAUUCGUGAGAAAUUUAUGAACAAUCUGCAAACGCGCUUUUCGAGCGAACAAGCUAAAAAUAUUUUUAACAUCUGCUUCGAAUCAAGCUUAAGUAACUUUUUAGACAUGUCUGUGGUUGAUUUCAUUAAGCUGUUUACUAAUUAGUACAUACUACUUCAUUUUUCAACUUUUUUGUGCUGAAGAGAACCAGUCAAAAAACCUCACGCUCUAAUCGCUAUUUUGAUAUGUAGCUCCAAUGUUCUCUCA